GUUCGUACAAGACUUUUAUCUGUCACAGCAAUGUAACGGGCUGUACCGUUAUAAACCACAUCCAAGGGGUGUAAUUUUAAACUAGGGCGUCAAUAUAUUGAUGAUUUUACGAUAACUUUUGAUUUUACAUUCAGGCUUCGAACUCGCUACCUAAAAGCGGGGUCUUUCACUUCACCGUCGCGACUCAAAGGACUUACUUAACCUAAACUGUUUAAAAGUGACACUCCCGGGUGUAAAUGUGAUAAUUACUGACGCUUCACCUUAGAGCUGUAACUUUGCUGCUCCGAGUCAUGCUUUCACCCGAUUGGCUGUUUGACAGGCGCGUGCGAAAUGAGCUGUGAGGUGUGUCCUUUCUGCGGGAAAACGUACAAAAGGUUGAAGAGCCACUUGCCACAUUGCAAGGCAGCUGCUGCCUCUAAAGCACCACCAUCCAAACCAGAUGUCACAGCAAACCAGACAGCAUCGUCUUCUCAGCUGGACUCGGUUUUGUCCAGAGCAACAGCAAAGGGAAGGAAGUCAUCGUCAGUCAUAACAGAUCUACAAGGACAGACGCGUAAAAGGGACACAGCAUCAGGACCAUCAAAUGCAACAUCUUCAUCACCACGAACAUCAUCAUCCAUGACAUUACUUUCACCAACUACAAAGACGAAACAAAAGCUGGUUGAUCAAAUAAAGACAAGCACCCUUUUGUUAUCUCCAUCUCCAGCUCUGCCCCCCACCACUUCUAAACCAAAAAAGAAGAGUCUCCGUGCAUUGAUAGAAGCUGCUAAGUAUGACCAAAUUACAAAGGAAUCACUAAAGGUGUCUGAAACAGAACCAACUCUAAGCUCCAGAAACACAGCUCAGACAGAGCCCAAAACUAUCUCAGGCAAAGACUAUGCCCAUCUGUCUGCAGACGCUAAACCCAAAGAUGCAGCUAAGAAGACGCCAAAGACAACAAAAUCGGCACCUGUGGGUCAGUUUUCCAGCCUUCUUUCCCCUCUUGUAUCACAAAGUCUGCCAGUGAAGGUGGAGACAGUGGAGAAGCCCGAGGUCAGGAAGCAAAGCACUGCUGAAAAUCCAAACGAAGGAGCUCUGACACACCGGAGUCUUGGACAGGUGAGACUGAGGGAAUUACCUAAAUGGCUUGCCUGCAAAGCCCCAAGCCAUCCAAAAGAUGCUGUGGGAAUGUUGCAAAGAGGCUGGCAGUGGUAUUACAGGCGGUAUAUUGAUGUGAGGAAAGGAGGUGUAGGUGGACUGGGCAUGUUGUUAGCAGGAUACUGCGUGCUCAGCUACAUCUGGAGUUACCGCCACAUAAAGCUUGAUCGCUGGAGGAAGUAUCACUAAUGGUCAAGGAAAGAUACUUGGAGCAGCAGCAUUGACAGAGAAAAGAUUCAGAACUUCAGGACUCCAUAUGAUGAAUUUGCACAGCAUAUAUAACUGAGAAUUUGGUACCGUUACUUGUCAGCAUGUAAGCCCUUCCCUUCAGCCAAUUUUGUGUAUUCUGUCACCAGCAUACAUUGUGGGAGCACUAUAUAGUAUAUAAAUAAUAAAUAGUGAAGAAAGUGCAAGAGUGCCUUAAACUGAAUUCUUUGGAGUGACCACAAGUGUACAACUCUUCUGGUUGGAAAACAAGUACAGGUGUAUAGAAGUCUAUGUCAAUUCUCCAGUGAGUUUAGGGUCUCAGUAGCUAGUUUCAAGCUUGAUUGAAUGCAACAUGCUUAUUUUUUGAAUUAAAUGGUCACUUCCAUAUAAGCAUACAGAUCCCCCUCAAUUUAACCCCAGAUACACUCAUGACAACAGGACAAAUGCUCAACUCUAAGCUUCACAUUGGGACUGCGUUGACUUCAUAGUGCUUCUAGAGUUCCUCUAGAAGCAAGUCUUGCCGUUGGGUUCUUGUUUGGGCAGUUUCAUUUCAGUGGUCACUGGGACAUAAAACUGCAUGUGUGGUAUCACCAGUCAGAUCUGAUAAAACUGGCUGAAUCCUGAUGACUUUUCCCCAAAAUAAGCCUUUUUUGUUCCCGUUUGUCUUACUACCUUGUUUGCUUUUGCUGAAUUUUCCCAGAUAUUUAUAUUUAGAAUUGGGUGUCGUGUGUUUCUUUCAGUCUCUCUGGUUGUCCAUCUUUUGUAUAAAAUCUAAAAGCAUAUGUUAUGAAGACAGACUGCAUGAUUAUGAAUUUUCCUAAUUAAAUUAAUUGCAAACGAAUACGAAACUAAAACAUGUAACGUUUCAUUAUCUGUAUAAGGUUUCUAAAAUGAAAGCUUGUCAUGCUACAUUGUAUUAUUUUAAAAUGCUUAUGUUUUUGUGUUUCUUUUAUUAUUCCUGUUUUAUUUAUUUCAUGGAGAAAAUGUUAAAAAGUAUUUGCUUUAAAAAAAAAAAACAGCUUUUUUAAGAGUCAAAACAUUUUUCCUCAUCAGUGACCACUGUGUGUUCCAGACAUCCACUAGCUGUCACUGUUGGGUUAUGUUACUUGAACCAAAGGGGGCUGGGCAGUCUAAUGUCUGCUGUGCAGUUUUCUCAGCUCUUUUGUGUAGAGGCAUCGGCACUGGAGUCCAUAAAAGGAUUAAAGAGAACCAACAGAUUUCUAACUUGAUAAAAUAUUACUUUGGCAGCUGUGAUGCAGAGAAACAUGAAAUCUAAAUGUCAUGACAUCAGUGAAAAGAUCAUAUCUGUGCAGCAGAGGGUAACAAAUCUGGUUUUCCUUUGCCACUGCUUCCUCUGUCACAUGAUGUGAUUAUGCAUGCUUAGUCCAUCAGUCCCAGUGUGUGAACCCUCACAGAAUAGCAAUGGAGGGAAAUCGAAGGAGGUUUUCAGCCGGACUGGACCAGUUCCUUGUUGUACACAAAAUGGAUUUAUUGUUGAAUCUCCUAACUGCUGUAUUGAACAAAUACAAAUAAAGAAACAACAGCAUUUUCUUUUGUAAUGACUUUACUGACACUGCUUCUUAG